CACGCACACACACACAGCCCCGUGCGUAGACAACUAGGCUUUAUAACCGGCACUACAGGAGCUCAAAACAUUCUUGGACAAGUGAACUGUAAUGUGAUGGAAAAUAGAUGCUGAAAGAGAAAGAUUUACCAGGUGUAAUAUGAUGGGAAUUAAUGCAAAUGGUAGAUUUAUUAAACUCACUCUAACGUCUGGGAUCCACUGAACAUUCAGAGAGUAGAGGACAGAGUUGGUACAAGUCUUCUGGCUGUAUGCCCACCUCCAGCUCCAAGAUGAACUCUUUUGAAAAGUGACUAUCUGCAUUUCAACACAGAGGCUCCAGCCAGCAGAGCGGCUAACUAGGCCUAACUACAGUAACUGUAGGCCUAACUACAGUAACAUGGCGAUGGUGCAGGUGGAGUUUGAGUAUGAGUACACAGCCAAGGACGGGGCUCUGGUCUCSAUCAAGCCCAACGAGAGGUACAUCCUGGUCUCCAGGACCAAUGACUACUGGUGGCAUGUCCAGAAGGACCAGAGGACCAAACCCUUCUAUAUCCCUGCCAAGUAUGUGAGGGAGCUCUCUCUGAAGACCCAGGGCCCACUGGACCUCACUAAUUCUGGGACUCAGAGUCGCACAUUCUUGCAGUCAACGACUGACAGAGAGCCACUGGACAUGUCUAACAAAGGUCAAAGGUCAGACGCUGUGACGAAGGUCCGCAUGUCCACGGAUCACUCUGCGAGAGCCACCACUCACAGGAUGUCCACGUUCGGGGUAUCACAAGACAUUGAUGAAAUCAAGCAUUAUGAGCACAUGAAGACCAUGGUGGGACUGCAGACCUCCAAUAACGAGACUAGAGAUAUCCCGCCACAUGAUCUGAAGAGGCGAAGUUUAGCUCCAGGUUUCUCAUUCACCUCAGCCUCAGACGCUCAAGGUCUUGGUGAUAUGCUACAGCACUGUUCCCUAAAGCUCCAUGUCUCACCUGAGCCCACAAGCGAACUUCCCCAGUUGCAGUCAAGCCCUCCUACACUUAUCAAGGAUCAAGAUAAACAGCAGAUCUCAGAUGGCCGGAUAACAAAAACACUGCCAGGGGAUCCUAGUGGGCUAUCUCAUUUAUCUCAGGACUCAGAUAUCUAUGAGACUAUAUCAGAUACCCAGCACUCAGAGUUGACAGACUUUGUGGGAACAGAACUGGCUGGAUCUUUGGGUUCAACUGAAACACCAGCAGAACAACAGCAGAGCCUGGAUCGAACUUCUGGUCCGAUUGACGUUACAGCCCCUUCCCCUACAGCUCAGGUCAAGGAGAGUGUCCAGAACGCCGUGUACGUCAAUGUAGCGGAGCUCGGCAGAAACAUCUCUGAGUCCCCUCCCUCAGCCUUCAACCCUCCCUGCACUCCUCCAUACCUGGACUCUAAGGGAUGGGAGGUGCACACUGACCAGGAGAGUGGACGGGAGUACUACUACCACCCCGAAUCGGGGCAGACCACCUGGGACAACCCCUACAUAGACCUUGAGGCUCCCGCCGAGGUGUCUGUGUGUUCGCCCUCCUCUCAGUUCCCCUCCCUGUCCCCCACCUCCGCCUCCCCCCCUGCAUGGACCUCUGACUGGAAGCAGUGUUUGGAUGUGACUAGCGGCCGCCAGUACUUCUACAACCCAGUAUCGGGGGAGACGUCUUGGGAGCCCCCAGAGCCACAGUGCCCCUACCCCCCUCUGAUGGAGCCUCUGAGUGGGCUCCGGUCUCUGGAGGAAGGGCCGCCUCCCCUGCCUGAGGAGGACUACCAAGCAGAUGACUAUCAAGCAGAUGACUACCCAGCCGAGGUUGACCUACCAGAAGAGGAGUUGUUGGCUGUGUCCCCUGUGACCCCUCACUCCUUCCCUAAGGACUACACCCCCAGCCAUGUGACCCGGGCAGUCAUCCCCAGGGCCAGCCUGGACAGGAGCGCCCCAACGGGCUGGAACCUCAACAUAGACCCUGAUGGGACUUGGGUGUUCUCCAACAGACACUCACCUGAUCAGUGGAUCAAAUCGUUGGAUGACAGAGGACUGACGUACUACUACCUUAGUGAUGGCUCCAGAUCCCAGUGGAACCUGCCUGAGUUAUUCCCGACUCACAGAAGAAAUACCUCAGACUACGGCUCCAGUGCGGACAACUCUCCAGAGAUGGGGCAGCACCAUGUGCAGAGUUUGGAAAAAGUUGGAAUACUCAACAAAACUAAAGUGUCAGAGAACGGGAAAAGAGUAAGGAAAAACUGGGCCCAGUCAUGGACGGUUCUUCACGGAGGGGUUCUGACCUUCCAUAAAGAGCCCAAGUCUGCAGCCACGGGAGCCUCUAUCAAGACCAAUCAGAUCGUCCCAGAGGUCACGGUGGAUCUACGAGGGGCAAAGAUUGGCUGGGCUCCCAGGGAUAAAUCCAGCAAAAAGAAUGUUGUAGAAUUGAAAGACAGAAAUGGCGUUGAGUUUCUGCUACAGUAUGACACUGAGAGUAUCAUCAACGACUGGCACAAAGUUCUAAUGGACAGCAUACGACAGCUGGACCAGGAACACCACCAAUCUGAGGAGGAGGAUGGGGACGUCAGUGAGAAGUCCUACAGUAUAGCCAGAGAUCAGAGGUCACCAGGUACCAUGGACAGGAGGAGGAGGUCUUCCAGACCGAGCACGGCCACCUCCUCUGGGGGAGAGACCGAACAGAAGAAGGUUCGUACCAAGCUGAUGAAGUUCCUCCUGAAACGACCCACACUGCAGUUCGUCAAGGAGAAGGGUUACAUCCGAGACAAUGUGUUUUGCUGUCAUCUGGCUGCACUGUGUGCCCAGGAGAAAACUACAAUCCCCAGCUUUGUGGAGAAAUGUAUUCGAGCAGUGGAAAAGAGAGGUCUGGACAUGGAUGGACUCUACAGAGUCAGUGGGAACCUAGCUGUCAUUCAGAAACUACGCUUCAAGGCAGAUCAUGCCUCAAAGUGUCUUACAUGCGAGAGCUUGUUGAGUCUCUCCCUCGGCCAAACCAUGAUACCAUGGAACUCCUCUUCAGCCAUUUACGCAAAGUGAUAGAGUAUGGAGAGGAGAACCGUAUGACUGUGCAGAACGUGGCUAUCGUCUUUGGUCCCACGCUGCUCCGGCCAGAGAUGGAGUCAGCCAAUAUCACCAUGCACAUGGUUUUCCAGAACCAGAUAGUGGAGCUAAUCCUCAACCAAUACGAAUACAUCUUCCAUUCCAGUUGAACCAAUGGUAAGCAUCUGUCAGUCAGAGGACGGGUCAAAUUAAGCAAUAUUGCAGGAGGGGAAAAAACACUAUCACUACUGCACAGAGGGUGCAUCCAACUAUCUUUCCUUCUUUCUAAAGUGUGCACUUGUUCACUACUCCUCACAAAUUGGAUUAGUGUAGCAUGGACUAGAGGGAGUUUAAAUAUAGGCCUACCUGUCAUUUCCUUUCAAAUCCAUGAAGGGAAGGGAACAAGCGCACACUACAGGAGAAGAGAGAUUGGGAGGCAACCACGGAGAAGCUAGUUGAAGGGGAUGUCAAAUAUUUGCACUGCAUUUAUUGUAAUAUCUUCAUUGGAUAAUCAUUAACCAAUUCAGAUUGUUCUCUGAAUUUCUGCAACUCAUUGCAUUCCUCAUUGUGAAAUAGCACACCUGCUCAAGGCAUCACUUAUGUGCAAUCUAAAAAGACAUGUGGGUUGCUAUAGGCCUACUUUGAAAUCUUUCUUUCAUGUAGAAAUGUAACAUCACAAUAACAUGAUUUUAUCUUAACACCCCAAUCCCCAAGGCAACCUGGAAAGACACUUUGAUACUUUGUUUUUACCACAGAUCAGACAAACCAUUUCAGAUGGAUUUUAAAGAUUACAUUGAAAUGUUUAAAGGUGGAUCUGAUGUUGCUGUAUAGCUCAGAAGUCCUAUGUUAUGAAUGUGUCUUAUUCAGUCAAUGUAUAUAACUAAUUUAGACAUUUAUAAAAUAUAUGCUGUGACACUGACUUCCCUUGUACAGCCUCUCUAGAUUAUGUACUGGAUAAUCAGAUGACAUCUUUUUUUUUUAAAUACAUUUAGUUUUAACUUACAAUGAGAAUUUGUUUAAUUAACACAGAAUGAUAAUAAUGUAUGGUGGUACUAUUUAAGGAUGUUUGUUAGCCUUAAUAGAGUCGAGAAAGACCAAACUGAAAAGACAGGUAUGAUAAGCAUGACAUUAGGUUUUUGUUCUGUACAUAGAAAUAAAUAUCAUAUUUAUGCUGUAAAUUACUGAAAUUGCACAAUGUGUUUCUUUAAUAAAAUAACAGUAAAAUGUG